AUGAAUGAGCACUACCACACUACAGAACCACUGUCGUGGUUCAGCGGAACGUGGGCUCAGGAUAGGUGUAGGGCUCCGGAGAGGCUGCAGGAUGCUGAGCUCCAGGAGGAUUUCAGCUCGGAGCAGAGUUUUCCCGUUGGGAGCUCCAUGUCCUACGUCUGCCGGCUGGGAUAUGUGGCAAUCCCUGGAAAACCAUCAACUUGGACCUGUGGUGAAGACUUGGAGUGGUCUCCCCUGGAAAAGUUCUGCACAGAGAGAAAAUGUAGACAUCCAGGAGUAGAACAUGGUUUUAUUAAUGUAACAGAUCUUACAUUUGGUUCCAAAGCUACUUUUUCCUGUGAAAGAGGAUUCAGGUUACUUGGAGCUGAUGAAAUUACCUGUGUAAUUCAGAAUAAAGGUGUUGACUGGGAUAAAGAUCUUCCUUUCUGUGAGAGAAUUCCUUGUAAACCACCUCCAAGCACAGCCAAUGGGCACUUCACUGAAGCAGACCACUAUGUUUAUCAGACAUCAGUGACCUACACUGAUGAGUGUGAUGAGGUCCCAAGAGGCACGGAUCCCUUCUCCCUAAUUGGCUCAGCUACAAUUUUCUGCACAUUUGAUGAAAACUCAAAUGGAGUUUGGAGUGAACCACCUCCAGAAUGUAAAGUGGUCAGAUGUGAUAACCCAAGGGUUGAAAAUGGAAGAAAAAUAUCUGGAUUUAGACCUUCCUAUAGCUAUAAGGAUGCAGUCAUGUUUGAGUGUGAUCCAGGCUAUUCCAUGACUGGAGCAGAUGUAAUUACCUGUAGAGAAAAUAACACCUGGUAUCCUCCUAAACCAACUUGUGAAAAAAUUCCUGGUGGUCAGUGUAGUGCCCCAGAGAUCACCCAUGGAGUGGUGAUUCCAGAGAAGUCUGUGUAUGGAGAAGGAGAAUCUGUUCAGCUGCAGUGCUGGCUAUACCUUAGGCUAUACCUAGGCUAUACCUAUACUGUUAUAUAUAAUGCUACAUUGCAAAGAAUAGAGCCGAGGUGUGGAGCAGAAGCACUGCUCAGGCAUCUCAACAUGGCUGGGAGUGACAGGGAUGAUGGUAAUGGUGAUGGUGAUGGUGAUGGUGAUGGUGAUGGUGAUGGUGAUGAUAGCAUGGAGCAGAAGGAAGAGUUGGAGGCUAAGGCUGGAUCCAGCUGCAACUGGAGUUUCUCAGAAGAGCUUCAGAAAGCAAUGGAGUCCAGUCUGAAACUCACAACUCAGCAGAAGAGUAACCUGGCUGCCUUUUCAACAGUGCUGCGUCAGCGGGAGCCCGACGGCGAUUGGGGGAGGCCACGGCUCUCCCCUCCAUCACUAAUUAUAAAAGUGCCGCCGCCCGCACCCGCUCCCACUCCGCAGCGGCGCUCCCUGCCCCGCCAGCAGCCCCUCGGCUCGGAGCCCCCCUCAGAGCCGCCCUCGUCGAAGCUUCUCAGCAGUUUCAAGGCUGUGAGUUCCGCCCCCCCGCGUCCUCUCCGGCCUCUCCAGAGGCUGCUCGGCCUCGCUAUAAAUAAUAGCCGCUCCGACGCCGAGGCUCCAGCAAGGCGCAGCUCACCGCCGAGCAACUCCCGGUAG